CAUUGGCUGGCGUUACUCACGGCGGCCGGAAGGUGGGCUCAGCGCUGUUGGCCCGUGGUUGUCACGGUGACGGGGAGGUUGGGCCAGCCAGACUGAGCCCCCAGGACCCGCCGAGAUUCUAGGCCCACGACACCCCGCCAUGGACAAGCCGUACAGAAAGGUGCGGUGGUGAGGUGCAGCUGGGGAGGGCUCCGUCCACACUCGGGCCGUCAUCGGGACCUCACAGGUGCUUAGAAGAACAUGUAGUUCUCAUCAGACAAAUGGCACCUAUCACAGACGCUCGCUGACAUGGAGCACUCUGCACAGAGAAACAGGCACCUUACCCAGCACCCCACCCAGCACCCCAGCUAUGCCUACAAAGUCCAGAAAGGUUUCACUGCUGCAUAUCCAACACAAUCUUCUAUUCCUUUUAAAUAUCAGCCUGCAGGAAUCCCAGAAUCAGAAAAGAAAGGAUUCAAUAGUCAAACCAAGAGAUUUUAUCACAAAAAGGAUGACAUCCCAGGCCCUGGGUUCUACGAUGUCACCCACCAGUCUCCAGUGUCCAAAAGCGUCUCAUUGUCCAAGAAAGGAACAUGCACUUUCCCCUCCAUGCGCUCCCGGUGGGACACCCUCAUUUCUAAAUACCCGGCGGCAAACGCGUACACCAUCCCAUCAGCCUUCAAUUCCAAGAAAGACUUCAGCAAUUCCUGUUCCAGUAUGUUCCAGUUGCCAAGCUUCACGAAAGUUCUCAAAUUUGAGACUCCUGCACCAAAUCGUUACAACGCUUCUGUCUCCUGCUGCAAGCAGAAAAACAACGUCUGUGCCCGAGCCGGCUUCACGUCAAAGACCCAGAGAGGACUUUUCACGGUCGCCGACAAGGGACCUGCCCCAGUCUCUGUGGCACGGUGGGGAAGCAGGGGCUUCAGAGGCAGGCGGGCUUGUCUCCACACAGUGGUGCCCAGUGAGCCAUGUGGAAAGCAGAGGGUUACAGUGCAGCCACAGGAGCCAGGACCCCGAGGGUAUUACAAUGUCAACGAGUCCCUCGUGAAGCAGUCACCGAAAGCACUAAUGUCUUGUUUUAAAUCGAAAACUGACCGUGGAUUAAAACUGACAUCAACCGGCCCAGGACCCGGUUAUUACGAUCCAAACGAGCCCAUCAAAGUGCCAAAAAAGACCCUUUUUCCCCACGUACAAGCCGGAACUCCCAGGAAAGCAGUCCUUCCUCUACAACGAGGACAACAAGUGGAUCCCGGUGCUGUAGAGACGGCAUGCAGGCUCAGCCAGCAGCCCACCCCACCGUCUUCCCCCAACCUAGACAUUCCUUCGAAUGUCACACACGGCUGUCGUGUGACCUCUUGAGGCAGCUCUUCCUGGCAGCCUGGGGUGCUGGCGGCACCCCCUGAGUGGCCUCCUGAGCCGGCGCCCUCACCUGCUGGCCGCAGUGGAUCCAAGCAGAGGUCAGCAUGACAGAGCCCCCUGCUGGUGCCCCCACGCACCGCCAGGCUGGCUCCCUGCAUGACUGCCCUCCACAGGCUCGAGGGGCUCCCGGAGAAGACUCCAGGGUGGCCAGCCAUGGCAGAGUGCCAGCCUGGAACCUCGCGUGUGCUGCAGAGGUGACUGUGCAGGCGGCAGCCCAGGCACUGUCCCCUCCUCUGGCCUGAGCUCCCAGGCUUCCCUCUGAGUUCCAGGAGCCAAGAAGGGCCAGGGACCCCUGUCCCUACGUGAGGUUGGUAGGGCCUCUCAGCUGCCUCCGUGUCUCCCUUUUCAGAACCGCAAUGGAAAUGGGUCACAUGGUCCCUCCUGCUCCCCUCCCCCAAGAGCUGUGACGUUCCUCCAUUCCACAGCAGACGUGGCUGGGCCCCUGCUAGAGCCAGAGCCCUGCACCUGCAGGCCCCUUCCCGCCUGCCCCCUUCGUGGCCUGUCUCCAUCCCCUCCCUGUCCACCGCCCCAGGCUCACCAAGCUGGCUACGGUCUUAAAGCAUCUUCCUGGCCUGCUAGAUCCCGCCCCCUCAGCACAAGGAGGAGAUCCCCAAAGACCCCAGCUCCGGAACUAACAGCACUUCUUCCCCGGCCGUCAGUGCUCUCCCAUAGUGAGCGUCUCCCCAGCCCGGCCCCCACCCUGGCUCCUACUCCUCUGCGUGGGACCUCUUGGGCCUUCCUGUUGGACCUGGCUGCUGACUGGCUCUCCUUCCAGGGGAGUGGCUGAAGAGGGAGCAGCAUGGAGGGCCAUAGCCGAUUAAACAGGGUUCUUGCUUCUCACCACAGACGGCCUUGUGAGCUUCAGAUUACU